UUGGAAUCAAAACGACCCAUACCUCGUCGCCCACGCGCUCCCGAUCUGCGGAAGACCCCAGGAUGGUCUCGUUCCCGUCGUGGAAGCACCCGUGGUCCCUCGUCACAGCGACCGUCUCUCUCUUGCUCCUGGCCUCCGCGAUCCACAUGUUCUUGUCGCCCCUAUUCCCGUCCUCCCUCGACUUCUUCGGCGCUCGACAGAAUUCCGCUUCCUGCGCGCCUCUCAAUGCGUCGUCGGAUCACAGACGGACCGAGCGCUGGGAUGACGUAGAAUGGGGUGCUCGGUUUCCGGCCCACUCCCAUGGGGCGGUAACGUACCGCAGCGCGCCAUGGAAGGCCGAGAUCGGGAGGUGGCUUUCCGGUUGCGGUUCGAUCUUGGCCGCGGUCGAAGUCGUAGAGAACAUAGGUGGCAAGAGUUGCCAAAAUGAUUGUAGCGGCCGAGGUGUAUGUAACAGGGAGCUGGGGGAAUGCAGGUGCUUUCAUGGAUACGAUGGUGAAGGAUGUACAAAGAAGUUGGAGCUGAACUGUAAUCUCCCAGUAUCUCCAGAACAUCCAUUUGGUUCAUGGAUUGUUUCUAUAUGUCCUGCUUAUUGUGACACCACUCGAGCAAUGUGUUUCUGUGGACAAGGAACAAAAUAUCCAAAUCGUCCGGUGGUGGAGGAUUGUGGCUUUAAAAUAAACUUACCUUCCCAAUCUGGUGGUCCUAAGGUUACUGAUUGGACGAAGGCUGAUUUUGAUAACAUUUUCACAACCAAUCGUACCAAACCUGGCUGGUGCAAUGUAGAUCCAGACGAUGCAUAUGCUUCAAAAGUGAAAUUUAAAGAAGAAUGUGAUUGUAGAUAUGACUGUCUUGUGGGACAGUUUUGUGAGAUACCAACUGUAUGCGCUUGUCUCAAUCAGUGCUCUGGGCAUGGUCAUUGCCGCGGUGGUUUCUGUGAGUGUGAUAGAGGUUAUUAUGGGAUAGAUUGCAGUGUUCCAUCUUCCUUAUCACCUAUCCAAGAAUGGCCAGAAUGGCUUCGACCAGCUACAGUUGAUUUACCUGAUAAGGUACCUAGUAGUGAUCUUCUGACCAUUAAAGCUGUAGUCAAAAAGAAAAGGCCACUCAUAUAUGUAUAUGAUCUGCCACCAGAGUUCAACGCACACCUUCUUGAGGGACGGCAUUUCAAGUUUGACUGUUUUAACAGAAUAUAUACUGAUAAGAAUAGAACUUUGUGGACUGAUCAGUUAUAUGGAUCACAGAUGGCACUCUAUGAGAGCAUUCUCGCUAGUCCUUAUCGAACAAUGAACGGUGAAGAAGCAGAUUAUUUCUAUGUUCCAGUUCUUGAUUCAUGUAUAAUAACUCGAGCAGAUGAUGCACCUCACUUGCGCAUGAAGGAACAAAAGGGUCUAAGGAGUUAUUUUACUUUGGAGUUCUACAAGAGGGCUUAUGAUCAUAUAGUUGAGCGGUAUCCCUACUGGAAUCGGUCCUCAGGAAAGGACCAUAUAUGGUUUUUUUCAUGGGAUGAAGGUGCUUGCUAUGCUCCGAAAGAAAUCUGGAAUAGCAUGAUGUUAGUUCACUGGGGGAAUACAAAUUCAAAACAUAAUCACUCAACAACAGCUUAUUGGGCUGACAACUGGGACAAAAUACCUUCCUUUAAAAGAGGCAACCAUCCCUGCUUUGACCCAGAGAAGGAUCUUGUCCUUCCUGCAUGGAAAAGGCCUGAACCAGGUGCCAUAUGGGCCAAACUUUGGACAAGACCACGGACAAAGCGUACUACUCUAUUCUACUUCAACGGAAACUUAGGACCUGUCUAUGAAAACGGUCGACCUGAAGACACGUACAGUAUGGGCAUUAGGCAAAAACUGGCUGAGGAAUUUGGUUCUACACCUAACAAAGAAGGCAAGCUUGGGAGGCAGCAUAUUGCUAAUGUAACAGUAACUUCUGUACGCUCUUCCAAGUAUUAUGAUGAUCUGGCAAGUUCUAUUUUCUGUGGUGUCUUGCCUGGGGAUGGAUGGAGCGGACGCAUGGAAGAUAGUAUAAUGCAUGGAUGCAUUCCCGUAAUAAUUCAGGAUGGUAUCUACCUUCCGUAUGAGAAUGUCUUCAAUUACAGAAGUUUUGCAGUUAGAAUAAAAGAAGAUGAUAUUCCAAACUUGAUUAAAAUUCUAUGGCGGUUUAAUGAGACAGAAAUAGACUAUAUGUUGGCAAAUAUACGUCAAACCUGGCAGAGGUUCUUAUAUCGGGACUCGGUGUUGCUCGAGGCUCAGAGGCAAAAGAAAUUGUUUUCUGCGGAGGAUGACUGGGCAGUUGAGUUCUCAAAAUUGGAGGAAGAUGAUGUUUUCUCCACAUUUAUACAGGUAUUGCAUUAUAAAUUGCAUAAUGAUCCUUGGAGGCAAGAUUUAGCCCAAACCAAGAAGGAUUUCGGAUUGCCAAAUUUUUGCUUCAAAAGAACUCAAUAAAGCAGUAAUAAGAACAAUCCACAACAAUUUUUGUCGAGAUAACCAAAAGAGAAGGACGGAAAGGAAGUUGUAUUUGUAAUUUUGCUCUUCUUGCCACCAUAGUGAUGUACAAAUGGAAACUUUGGAUCCACAAGAAUUAAACCUUAUCUUUUGAAUCUUAAUAAGAAGUGCAUGUACUUCAAUGUCUAGAAAGUGUUAUUGAGAUUUCUGGUUUGUGAUUUAAAACUUUUCUUUUAAAAUUGAAACCAAUUGUUAAAGUUUAAGAAGUUUGGCUACUGGUAGUUGAUAUUCCUUAAUUUAGAAAUUCAGAAGUCAACAUUGUUGUCAUCAAAUAUCACACAUAGUAUAUGGUCCUCAAAUAUCACACAUAGUAUAUCACACAAGCUAAACUUUGGCAAGAAGUUGACUUCCAUUGGAACAAGUUAAUUAAUCAUCUUUUUUGGUACCCGAUGAUGGUGUGUAUCUGAACUUAGUAGAUUGUUUAACUGCAAUGACUUAUUGUGCAUCUGAUUUCAAUUUAUGUUAAUUUGCCAGCUAUCGUGAUCCUAUUAGAUUUCCUCUCUACAUGAAUUGCAUUAUAAAUUGCUUAGUGAUCCUUGGACGCAAGAUUUAGCCCCAGCCAAGGAGGAUUUUGGAUUGCUAAAUUUUUGCUUCAAAGAACGUACUAAAGCAGUAAUAAAGAACAAUCCACAACAAUUUUUUGUUGCCACAACCAAAAGAGCAGGACAGGAAGGAAGCUGUAUUUGUAAUUUUGCUCCCCUUGCUGCCAUAGUGAUGUACAAAUGAAAACUUGAGAAGAUGGCACUCCAAAUUCAUUUUGUUAUGUAUAGAGAAUAUAGAUAACUUUUUCACUUGUAGCUUAUGUCAGUUUAUUCGAUAAAGGUAUGUUCUGCUUAAUUCCUUGAGGAGGCAUAAACAUUUUUUUGUUACAGGAAAUUGAUUUUGCACCCAUUGGGAAAUUGGUUCAUUCAAUAAUCUGUCUAAUGAGUAUUAUAUUAUUCUUAAAGAUUGCAAAAGGCUUCGCUGGCAUCUAACCAGAACAGCGAAUGAGGUUAGUGUUAUUGUGUUUUUUAAGUUCUGUUAUGUAGUUUUGUUACAGAAAGAAAAGCGCUGAUAUGCCGCAAUACUUUUGGUCUCUCUAUGGCUUUUCUACAAAAUCAAAUGUUCUUAUCAUUGUCCUAGUUGUAGCUCCUUUUAUUCUUUUAUCUUCUUUAUUUUAAUGCGGUUUGUUCUUAUAGUUUUGAAUCAAUAGGCUUGUGACUCAUGACUCUUAACGUCUUUUAUGUAUAUUUGGAGCAGUUUCAACUUGUUUGAUCCAAGUCCAAUCUUAAAUAUAUUUGAUCCAACUCCAUUCUUUUUGCACUGAAACAAGGACUUGCUAUCACCUUGUAUAUAUGUAGCUCUUGCGUCAGCCAUAUACAGUACUCUUUAAGUUACUGUUUGUGAUUCCUUUUUUUUUUG